CUGGAAUCACGUGCUUUCAUAGGUUAUAACCUCCUCAAUGGUAGAAUUAUGUUAUUUAGUUGUUUACGCUAUUUAGUUAAAUCUAUGGAAUGGCAUAAACAACUAAACAACACUUAUUUUUAAUGUUUCUUUUAAUAAAAUACUCAAAAGCAUUUAUAUGGAGUUCAUCGAUUCAGAGACCAAUGAAACAGAUAGUGAUGAACUUGAUGAAGAUCUUGAGAAUGAAUUGUAUUCCGUUUUACAUUAUAAUGUGCUCUCUGAGGAUAUUCCUUCAAACCUAUUAGAUAAAUAUGAUAUUAAAAGGACUGAGCAAAAUGAAUUUUUAAUUUCGUUGAGGAAAACAAAGCAAGAAUCGUUUGAAGGAAUCAAAGAUACAACUGAAAGAACCAAAGAUACAGCUGAAGAAAUCUCAGUCUCAGAACAAAAUGAUGAUUUAGGUGUUGAACCAGGUCAAGAUUUCAUAACAAUAUCAGAUGAUGACAGUGAUAGUGAUGUUAUUUUGAAUGAACCAGUGUUAGAGGUAACCUAUGUCAGUUCUCCUAGUGUUGUUGCACUAAGUGAUUCUUCAUCUGAUAGUGAUAUGGAGGAUGACAUGAUUCUUAAUAUUGGCGACACAACAGCUUUGUCUUCCGUUUUUCCUAUUGAUGAUUCGGAGGAUGAAGUUGUAAAUGUUAAUUGGAAAGAAGUUACUAGUCCCUGCAAUUGGACUAAUGGUAUGAAAAAGUAUUAUAAUAAACCAUGUGAAAGAUUAAAAAAUUUCGACUAUGAAAAAAUACGAGAAGAAAUUAAAGGUCAUGGAGAGUGGCAUGUGAACAUUGAAGAUAGAUUGCCUUUUAAUCGGAAAGUUAAAAGGUGCCUAAUUUGCAGGCAAACAGAUCAUCAAAAGAAGAACUGCCCUCGAAGAUUUAUUAAUUGUUCUAUGUGCGGUAAUUCUGGACACAAUGAUUCAAACUGCCCAUCAAAGAAAUGUUUAAAUUGCGGAAGAAGAAGCAGAGUUUUUGUGGCUAUGUGUAACAAGUGUGAAAAUAGUAGGUUCCAAACUUGCAGUGAGUGCCAACAAAAUGGUCAUACUAAGGAUCUUUGCCCAGAUACUUGGAGGAGGUACCAUGCUACGACCGAGGGAGAGCUUGUCGUCAAAGAAGAUACUUUAAAUGAAAGGCUCAUGUGCUGCAACUGUGCUCAGAGUGGUCAUCUCUUUGAGAACUGCCCUAAGUUAUAUUGGUCCGUUUAUCCUCCUACAUCAUCCCUCAUUAAGAAAACAGAAGAAUCAGUAUCUAAAUUUCCCAAAGGAAAGAGGUACCGAGAUGCAGAACAUAAUGUUGAUUUUGUAAGGACUCCGAAAAAACAAAGAUUGAAUCAGAACCAUUCUGAUAAAUCUCCAAAUACGCCUAAUCGGAAGCGUGGUUCUUUCAAUAGGAAUCAUACUCCAUUUGGUCGAAAUCCUGCUUCAUUCAACCAAAAUCCUUCCCCAUUUGUUCAAAACCCCAAUUCAUUUAAUAGAACUUCUACUCCAUUCAAUCAAAGAUCAACUCCAUUCAAUCAAAAAUCUACUCCAUUCAAUCAGAGAUUUACUCCUUUCAACCAGAGGUCUACUCCAUUCAAUCAGAGGUCUACUCCAUUCAAUCAGAGAUCAACUCCAUUCAAUCAAACUUCUACUCCGUUCAAUCAGAGAUCAACUCCAUUCAAUCAAACAUCUACGCCAUUCAAUCAGAGAUCUACUCCAUUCAAUGAAGCUUCAACUUCAUCCAAACCUCUAACACCAAAAAGAAACAAAAAAAGUAGAUAUUUCCAAAACAAUUAUGUCAAUAUUAAUAAUGUAAAUAACAUUAAAAAAACUCCAAAUCAAACAAAGAGCCCCCCCAAGCAGAAAAAAAAGAAAAAGAAAAAAAAGAACAUUCCCCAAUAAAAUAUUUUGAUAUUUUUAAAAAUCUAAAGUGUGUAUAUUUGUUAUUUAUAAUUGGACUAUAAAUAUUUAACUAUGGAAGUCUUAUAUUAUUUUAAUGAAUACUGUUAUUUUAAUAAGUGGAAGGUUUUUAUUUUAAAGGUUAAGUGUUGUUAUGAUUUUCAUUUCCUCCAAGAUAGCUUCUGUUCUGUACAUAUAAAAUAUUGUUUUGUUUUUUAUCUGCCCCUAUUCUUAUUACUAGAAUAUUAAGAUCUUUGAUAAAAAAUCUAAUGUUCCUCUAAAUUGUUAUCAAUUUAAUUUUAUGAUCUCUUAUGAAUGAGGUUAAAAAAUGAAAGAUGAACUUAAAAUAAUUUUAGUUAACUGAGAAUCAUAGAAUUGUUUUCUUUUUAUUAUUUCUAAAGAUAAGACUGUGUAUAUUGUAUAAUAAAAUUUUAUUUAGAAAACAAAAAUAUUCAUGUGUUGAUAAGAAAGAAUAAAUGUUUUAUUUUAAUGUUCUGUAUUCCGACAUUUAUGAUUCCCAAGGAAAAUACAUCUUAUUGGUCUUUCUUACAAUGGCUUCAUUACUAUGGAUUUUAAUAAAACAAUUUAAACAAGAAUAUAAUUUAAUAAUUUAUAUAUAUAUAUAUUUAAACAAAUAGUAUCAAAUUUAAUGAUAUAUGUACGUUAUAACAUAUAUCAUUAAAGUACAUUUAUUCACUUUCUGUACAAAAAGCCACAUUGUCUUACUUUGGUGUCAUUUUAACAACUUAAAAUUGAUCAAUAAUUAACAUUUUUUUAUUUUUAACUUCCAGUAGUUGCAAAAUGAGUUAUAAGAAUAAAUGCAUCAAUAAAUGCACCAAUCUCAGUAAUAUAAGGAACUUUUAAGUUUUUACUACUUCAGUGCUUAUUUAGGUUCAUUAAUGCACUGAUUUACAAUUGAUAUAAUCUUUAUGGAGUGAUGAAGAAGUAAAUAUAAAAUAAUUAAAUAAAUUCUUUGAAUUAGAAAUUUGUAUUUUCUAUAAUGGAUCCUUCAGCUGGUCAAGUUAUAAUUUAUUUUCCACAAUGUAUCGUAAAGAAAUAUAUCAGUACAAUAAUGGUAUGGAGAUAAUUUACUGUAAUUCUAAUUUCUAAGGAAGUUGGUCGGGGAAUUAUAGUAUUUUUGGUCUUCGGAUACCAAAUAAAUUUUUUAAUUGAAACUUGAAAUUUCUGAGUAUCAUAAUUUUGGAAGUGUGUAUAGUUUUUCAUGUUUGAAACUGAUGGAAUUGUACUCAUAAACAAUGCCUAAUGAUAGAUUUACAACUUCUAUUUGACAUUACAGUUGAACCAUGUCUAUCUGGAUCUAACAUAUUUGAAAUCAGCUUUAUGUCAAUUAAAAAUAUAUUUAAUUUUUAUCCGAUUGGUAAGAUACUUUUAUAUACAGAUCUUUUUUUCAACCAAGCGAAGCUUUUAUUCAAAAUAUUUUGAUACCAAUAUUUACAGCAAAUUGUAAUUUUCAUUAAAACAUUUAAGAUGCAAUAAUAAAACAUUAAGCAAAUACCUUUAA